AUGACGCCCGAUUUGCCAGGGGGGCCUAAUACAGAGAUUAUUCAUCCCGAGCGUGGAUUAUACUUGGCAAUCACGCAUGCAAGUGAUGAAGAGACAGAGGAGUCGUUUGAAUCGAGAGGACUUCAAGGGCCACCAGACUGGGAAUUUUACGAGAGAGACUUCGACUAUGAAGAUGGGGAAGACGAGAAGAGAGCAUACCCUGUCUCUCAACCAAACAAUGAUGGAAAUCCAGGGGCGAACAUUGUCCACUUUAGCCUAAGGCCAAUCUAUGACGAGGAGGCGUUCCUCUAUGGGCUUGAACGGUUCUCUGCACUAAAAAGAGUGGCUGUUACCCCCGCAGCUCAUGGUGUCCUAUUUGCCCUGUUAUAUCAAAGCCCCAUGGUUCGAGCUUUUCCGCAAGGAUUCAACUAUCCUAUCCCGCGCGGAUGGCCAGUCUCAAGUGCGGAAGAGCCAAGAGAUGUGAUCACAUUCCCUUGGAAAAGUGUCGACGAGAGGCACAGAGGAAAGUACCCCGGAUUCCGCAUUGUAACACGCGCCCUUGCACAACAGAAGAACAAUGUAGUGGAACUGGUUCUGGAUGCUCGACAAAUCGACACAGGGACCAACUAUCUUUCUCUCAUGUUUGGCGGAAGACGAUCAGCCAUUGAGAACUGGAAAACAUUCCGCGAUGGAAGGCUUCGCAAAACACUGAGCGAAAUGAUAGACCUGGAGGAGUUCACCUUCUACACGGCGGGGCUGGAAAAUUGUUAUGAGGGUAAAACCCCACCGAUUGACAGCAACACAGUGUUUGCACUAUCGCGCUUUAUAGUCAGCCAGGCUGAUCUAGUCAAACUCCUUUCAAAAUUACCCGAAACACUCCACUCUGAAAUUGAGUUUUCUGGUAUUAACAAUUUUAUCGGUACUGAGCGGUCUUUUCGUCUCCAUGGAGGUGCUUCGUGGUUCGGGAAGGCAGUGAACGAUUUUUUAUACGAGGGCGGGGAAAAUCCAUUUUAUGACCCUCGAGGUACUAUGAUAGAAAAAAAGCAACUCGGAACAACCAAGGAUGCAUUUGAUCCUUACAUUUAA